GCCCGAUUCGUGCAUAUAUACGCUGCGCGCGGUAAUCCGCGGAGCUCGACGACGCACUUUCUCUGCAUCGCUUGAGCAGCUAGUUGAAGCGCAGUACUUAUUUAGAUCGGAAAAAACUGGCUCGCCUGCCUUCAGUCUCUCACAAAAGCCUCCGUGGGAAGCGUCCGAAAGCAGACGAUCAGCUGACUUCGCAGAGAUGCUGGCGUUGCCGCGAGCUCUCCUAGGACGAUCGCGCCACUGCAGCGGCUGCCUUCGCGCCAGCACCUCCGCACCGGGAUCGCACGACGUCGAGACCGACACAUCCAAGAGCCAAGAGCGCUUCGGCAAGCACGAAGCGAGCGAGGUCGCCUUCUGCCCGACUCGCCUCGAAGACAUCACGCACAAUUACACGAGUGCCAGCGAUGACGCAGCGGCCGCCUCCGUACCCGCCGAGCACAUCGGGGAGAACACGGACGCCUACAGCUGUGGUAGCAACGUGAACCUCUACGCACACAUGCAGAGCAACGUGCCUGAGCCUUUCGAAGCAGAGGGCACGUCGCCGACCAGUCUCAACAUGCCCGGCGGUGGCGAACAGUCGACGUCGUACAUGUAUCUCGCGGGAAGGCGCAGCUCCGCCAAGUAGGCCUGUUCGUCUGCUACACCGCUGUCAGCACAGGCGUACGAAGUUGUGUGUAGUGCAUGCAAUAUAGCGGUUUCUCUGCGCUACUUUCCACUUACGCAGUCGACGCGCUUUGCAGAUUUGGCAUAUGACGCAUGCAAUAUGCGAUGUCGCCCGCGCAUGUUAGCGCGUUGGCAUUACGAGUCCAGUUGUGAAUGCGCUGCAGCGAUUGUUUUGGCAUGCAUCUGCAGACGCGUACUCACCUCAAUAUAGAGUAUAUUGUCUACGACUUGUGGGUGUGAUAUAUUCAUAGUAAUAAAACGCGUUGUCGUUGCGAA